AUAGUUCACAUCUUGACUCGAGACUCGAGAGGUAUCUCGAGAGGUUUAGCCGCGUGGACUGCACUUUAAUGAUCGAGUCGCGCCAUUCAUUUAUUCCAAUUGCAAUAUGUUGAAUAUCGCAAGAUAUCACGCGAAAAUAUCAGGAGCAUGUAAUGUUACGAGGUGCAUACUCAGCCGACAACUAUUUUACACAAAUACGAAGAUCGAUGGCACGACGUUGUUACGGUGUAACAACGCUUCACUGAAGGAAUGUUCACUCCUGUCGAAGAGGCCACUUAAAGAAGUAAAUAUCAGAACUCGUAGUUAUGCCUCGAAAGAGAGUAACAAGUAUGACAAGAUUGUGGGAUCUUGGUUGCUCACUUGUGGUGGCAUGGUCUUUGUAGCGGUUGCAUUAGGUACACUCAUUUAUUUCGUAUUUUAUCAUUAUAUCUGUCGCAUAAUGAAGAUCAUAGUAGACAAGACGUACGGGAAGUAGAAUUGUAAACGUAAGGAUCUUCACAAUCUGUAAUAUAUUUGACUAAAAUACAUGUAACGUAUAUGUGACAAGCACUUUAU